CAGGUCCAUAUUGUGUACAUGGGUGCUCUUUCUAAAGGUGGAUAUUCACUUACAUCACAACACCUUAGCAUUUUGGAAGAAGUUCUCAAGGAUAGUUCUACAGCCGACAACUUUGUGCAAAGCUAUCAAAGAAGUUUCAAUGGAUUUGCAGCAAAGCUCAAUGAACAAGAGAGAAAAAAGCUUGCCAGCAAGGAAGGUGUAGUAUCUGUUUUCCCAAGUAAAACUCUUCAACUACAAACAACUAGGUCCUGGGACUUUGUUGGUUUGUCCAAUGCUGUCCAAACAAUACCCAGUGUUGAGAGUGAUCUGAUUGUUGGUGUUAUUGACAGCGGAAUAUCGCCAGAAUCUGAAAGUUUUAGUGACAAAGGAUUUGGCCCUCCUCCUAAGAAAUGGAAGGGUGUUUGUAAUACCGGCAUGUUGACUUUUAAAUGCAACAACAAGAUAAUUGGUGCUCGAUUUUACCCCAAUGUAAGUAAAUCAGUGAAGGACUCUGUCGGACAUGGAACACACACUGCCUCCACAGUUGCCGGUAACUUAGUAUCAAAUGUGGGGUUUUACGGAUUGGCCCAAGGGAAUGCAAGGGGAGGUGUACCAUCAGCAAGAAUUGCAGUUUACAAAGUCUGCAAUACAGAAGAUUGCUCUGAGAGUGAUAUCCUUGCUGGUUUUGAUGAUGCCAUUGCGGAUGGAGUAGAUAUCAUCUCACUUUCAGUGUCAUCGAAUGGAAUCCGUGAUUUCGAUUCAGAUUCCAUAGCAAUUGGGUCAUUUCAUGCGAUGCAAAACGGCAUCCUCACAUCACAUGCUGCAGGAAAUAAGGGUCCAAGAAGGCAGACAAUAACAAGUCUUGCACCUUGGUUACUAUCUGUUGCCGCAAGCAAUACCGACCGCCACAUCAUUGAUAAGGUUGUUCUAGGGGAUGGAAAGGUCGUUAUGGGUAAUUCCAUUAAUUCUUUUACUUUGAAUGGAACAAAUCAUUCUUUGGUAUAUGGAAAAGAUGCUUCAGUAGAAACAUGUGAUCCAGACAGUGCACGAGUUUGUGCAGAUGAAUGCUUAGAUAGUGAAUUGGUGAAGGGAAAGAUUGUGCUUUGUGAUCAGUUAAGUUUAGGAGAUGAAGCAUUGCGAGCUGGUGCUGUAGGGACAAUAAUGUCAGUUGAUGGACAUGAUGACUCUUCUAUUAUAUAUCCUUUACCUGCAAUACAUUUAAACAAUCAAACUGGAGAACAGGUCAAGUCUUACAUAAAUUCCACCAAAAACCCUACAGCAAACAUCUUGAAGAGUGAAGCUAUAAAUGAUUCAUCUGCCCCAACAAUUGUUUCAUUCUCUUCCCGUGGACCAAAUAGCAUUACACCAGAUAUUCUCAAGCCAGAUAUAAGCGCCCCAGGAGUAGAUAUCUUGGCUGCAUUUUCAACCUUUGCUUCACCGUCAAACAGUAUCAAGGAUACAAGAUCAGUGAAGUUCAGUAUAUUAUCUGGGACCUCCAUGGCCUGCCCUCAUGUUACUGGUGCUGCUGCUUAUGUUAAAUCUUUUCACCCCGAUUGGUCGCCUUCUGCCAUCAAAUCUGCACUCAUGACCACUGCUUGGCAGAUGAACGCCACUAGGAACCCAGAUGCUGAGUUCGCUUACGGUGCUGGUAAUAUCGAUCCAGUGAAAGCUACAAAUCCCGGUUUGGUAUACGAAAUCCUAAGAGACGACUAUAUCAAAUUCCUCUGCAAUAUAGGCUGGGAUACCCAGAGGGUUGGAAUUGUAUCAGGAGGUAACAGCAGUUGUCAAGAAGGCACUAAAGGAACAGCAUUGGAUCUCAAUUAUCCAUCAAUGACAGCUUAUCUUCAACAAGAUAAGCCUUUUGUUAUUAAUUUUACAAGGACAGUUAAGAAUGUUGGCUCAGCAAACUCCACAUACAAGGCAUCAGUCACUUCCCAUUCUGAGAUUAAAAUCAGUGUUAUGCCUCGUGUUCUAUCUUUCACAUCAUUGAACCAGGUUAAAUCAUUUGUUGUCACUGUUUCGGGAAGUAAAUUCCCACCAUUGUCUAUGACAUCUGUUUCACUGGAGUGGUCAGAUGGCACUCAUACUGUGAGAAGUCCGAUCGUUGUGCACUCAUUUUCUGGUUCUUCUAAAUAGUCAUGCGUAUCAUGUUCCGAUUUAUGAUAUAUAGAAGCAAAUAAAUCAGUUCAAAUGAAAAGUACAAUGUUCUUUGGAUAUUAAAAGUCAAU